UUUAAGAGAGAGUUGUGUGGUUGAUAUGGUGGGAGUGGUCUAAUUUAGUGAAAUGUAUGGGAACAUAAAAGUGUUUUAACUGUGAACAAUCUUGCUGCAGACUUCAACACGUUUUCAGAUCCCUGAACUGUUGAGGGAAAUGUUACUCAUGGUUCUCUAUUCGUGUGUCUGCUGUUUAGUGGGUGUGUUUGGUGAUGAAGUGAAGUCAGUGUCACUGAUGGAGGGAGAUUCUCUUACUCUACACACUGAUAUUAAACUACAGAGAGAUGAUGUGAUCGAGUGGAGGUUUGGAGAUAAAGGUACUCUCAUAGCUAGAAUAAAUAAAACAGCUAAUUUAGUCAAAAUAAAUGUCAAUGCUUUUGAUGGGAGAUUCAUAGACAGACUGCAGGUGAAUAAUCAGACUGGAAAUCUCACCAUCACAAACAUCACAACUCAACACACUGGACUUUAUCAAGUAACCAGCAGAAAGACACCAAAUACGCCAUACAGAUUCAAUGUUACUGUCUAUGCUCAUCUACCCAUUCCUGUCAUCACCACACAAAACUCUUCAUCAUCAGAAACAUCAUCAUGUGUGUUAUUGUGUUCAGUGUUGAAUGUAAGAGAUGUGAGAGAUGUGAAUCUGUCCUGGUACAAAGGAAACAGUUUAUUGUCCAGCAUCGGUGUGUCUGAUCUCAUCAUCAGCAUCUCUCUUCAUCUGAAGUGUCUGGAUGAAUCUUACAGAUGUGUGGUGAACAAUCCCAUCAGUAAUCAAACUCAACAUCUCAACAUCACUCAUCUCUGUCAGACGAGUUCAGACUGUGUUUGCUGUUGUUAUGUUUCUGAAGCUGUGAUCCGAUUGGUUCUCGUCGCUCUGGUAGUUGUGGCUACUGUAGCUGUUUUAGUUUAUGACAUCAGAUCCAGAAGAGCCGAACAGAAGGAGGAAGUUCAGACAUCACCAUCAGACUGAUACAUUUUACAUUUUGAUAUUGUAGUUCUAGCCAUAGAUAUGUAUAAAGGCUAGAGGUGUUACGCCGAAGUCUCUUACGUCAUCGCCUGGCGGCCAUCUU